AUGGAGAAGCCAGAUAUCGUGGAGUCUCCGCGCAAGCGACAGAAGACCGAAGAUGUAGGCUCAAUUGAAGUCGCUCUCGCCGUUGAUAGCGCAAAUGAGACCCCCAGCACCGCAGUCUCAGAUGCGCAGGCUCUGAAGGAAGUCGAGGUCGGAAUCACGGAGUUUGUGAGUAACGACACCGAGGGAUUCUCGGGUAUCCUGAAAAAAAGGUACACAGAUUUCAUGGUCAAUGAGAUCAUGACAAACGGCGAAGUUGUCCACCUCCGAAGCAUUGAUACAGCCAGUGAGCUCGACAAGCUCGCACCUGCGCAGAAAACCCCCGAGGCGGAAACCCAAGCUACAGAGCAAAAUGAUGGUACCCCGGCCAAGGAUGCGGAAAAACCAGCGGAGUUCAAGGUCUCAGAAGAGGACCACACUCUUCUGGAGGAAUACUUUGGCGCUCAAAGUGCUGCCGAGAUAAUUGCACUUCACAAAGUAGCUAUGGCUAAGCCGAAGGGUCGGCCCAGUGAGUUUGGAAAAGUCGCAUUUGCUGUGUCUGAUCGCGACCUUCGCACCAAGAUCCACCAGGCCAUCCGUCGCAUUUUCAACUCUCAGCUAGAGUCUAGUACCGACGCAGAAGGAAAUAUGUCAAUCACCGCCGCGAACAAUCGAUUCAAGCGAGGCGCGGCCGGGGGACGAGCCAACGCUCGGUUCCAGGGACACAGAACAAACUGGGAAGAACUCGGCGGGCCAUACCUGCAUUUCACCAUCUACAAGGAAAACAAGGACACAAUGGAAGUCAUUGGCUUUAUCGCCCGCUCGUUGAAGAUGAACCCCAAGUCUUUACAAUUUGCUGGGACCAAGGAUAGGCGGGGUGUGACCGUGCAGCGUGCCUGUGCUGUGCGCGUUAAAGUCGACCGGCUUGCACAUGUGAACUCGGAACUUCGCAAUGCUUUCCUUGGAGACUUUGAGUACCGCAAGCAGGGACUAGAGCUUGGAGAUUUGCAGGGCAAUGAGUUCGUGGUUACUCUGCGCAACGUUGAAAUUCCCGGCGUGAGCCUGAGUGAUCCCGAGGCUGCGAUUGCCAAGGCAUCUGACAUCGUCGGUAAAUCUUUGAAGAACCUUUACCAACGAGGAUACUUCAACUACUACGGCCUCCAGCGAUUUGGAACCUUUGCAACCCGAACGGACACAGUCGGCGUCAAGAUGUUGCAAGGAGAUUACAAGGGCGCGUGCGAUGCUAUUUUGCAUUAUGCUCCUGAAUCUCUUCAGGCGGCAAUGGAGGGGAAAAUGUCUACUGCUAAUAUCAGCACUGAUGACAAGGAUCGUGCCAUGGCCAUCAAUAUAUUCCAGACCGGCGGUAACGUCAACGACGCUCUGCAAAAGAUCCCGCGCAAAUUCUCCGCUGAAAACAAUUUGAUCCGCCACCUCGGUCGGAAUAGAAAGGAUUAUUUGGGUGCAUUGCAGUGUAUUCCCCGGAACCUGCGAUUGAUGUACGUGCACGCAUACCAGUCACUCGUCUGGAACUUUGCUGUCAGUGAGCGCUGGCGACUCUACGGCGACCGGGUGGUGGAAGGCGAUCUUGUCAUUAUCCAAGAGCACCGCGACAAAGAAUCUGACUCUGCUGUCGAGGCUGCUGAGACUGUUGAUGCUGACGGUGAAAUUAUUGUGGUUCCCCAGGGUGAGGACAGUGCCGUUGCGGCCGAGGACAUGUUCAUGCGGGCACGUGCCCUGACGGCCGAAGAGGCAGCCAGUGGCAAAUAUACCAUCUUUGACUUGGUGCUUCCCCAGCCUGGAUACGACAUUAUCUAUCCCGAGAACGAAAUGAAGGAAUUCUAUCGUCGCUUCAUGCAAAGCGAACGAGGUGGUGGCAUUGACCCGUCCAACAUGCGUCGCAAGUGGAAAGACAUUAGCCUUAGCGGCGGCUACCGCAAGAUUUUCAGCCGCAUGGUGGGAGAUAACUACUCUUUCGACGUGAAGCUUUAUUCCAAAGACGAUGAGCAGUUCGUUAAGACAGAUAUGCAGAAGUUGAAACCUGAGGAUGAGAAUGCCAAUACCACCAUGACCGACGAGACCACAGCUGAUAAGCUGGCCGUUGUUCUGAAGUUCCAGCUGGGAUCAAGCCAGUAUGCCACCAUGGCUCUCCGGGAACUGACGCACGGAAAGGCCACUGCCCACAAGGUCGAAUUCGGUGGUGCACGAUAA